UAAGCGGGAGGAACGGGCCCGGUGAUUCGGAGGGGGGGUUCCCCGGCAGAUGAUGCCCUUUCCAGCGGGCCGGUGAGGAGCAGCCCCAACCCCCGGCGCCUCUCCAGCAGCUGCUCGUUGUUGUCGUCGUCGCGGCGCGGUUGAUGCGGAGCUGAUGGACGGUCCUCUCCGCCGCCCAGCGGGGAUCCUCGGCUCCCCCCCGGCUUCUGGGAGCCAGCCCGCGGGCUCCGACAUGCUCACCUCCGGCGGCGGCGGCAGCAAGCCUCUCGCUUUCUCCAUCGACCGGAUUAUGGCCCGGACGCCCGAGCCCAAGUCGAUACCGCUCCCCAGCUGGUUCCAGUCCGCUCCCGUGGGGAAACCCGACGUCUGUCCGUCCUCGCUGCACUGCAUGAUCCCGCUGGUGCCGCUCGGGUACGAUCCGGGCCACCGGCUCAGCAUCAGCGGGCUGGAUCCGGGCCACUUCGACGCGUCCUCCGUGGCCGCUCCCGCAGACUUGCUGGGCUUUGGGUUGAACUAUAAGAACCAGCAGGAGGAGUCCGCCGCGGGCCAGCCCGCCGCGGGCCAGUACAAACUGUUCAGACCCCGGGUGGUGAACCAGUCCUCGUUCCCCGCCGUGGGCACCGUGUGCUACCUGAACUGCAGCACGGACGCCGGCACCUGUCCCCCGCCGGCCGGCCUCGUCAACCUGCACCCGAUGGCCUCGUACCUGCUCAGCGCCCGGCACAAAGCCUUCAUGGCGGAGAAGAGCAAGCCGGGCCUGCAGCAGGCCGGGGAGCGGUACCCGGUGCCCGGCGUGCAGGCCUUCAAGGAGCUGUCUCAGAGCCAGAUCCAGCACUACAUGAAGGAGCGGGACCAGAUCCUCAGCGACAAGAUCUUCAAGGGCUCCGCGGCGGCGGCGGCGGCGGCCCGGCUCAGCGGCUCCUGUCCCGGCAGCAAGCCCAAGGUUUUCACCUGCGAGGUCUGCGGCAAGGUCUUUAACGCGCACUACAACCUGACCCGCCACAUGCCCGUGCACACGGGCGCGCGACCCUUCGUGUGUAAAGUUUGCGGUAAAGGUUUCAGACAGGCGAGCACACUGUGCCGACACAAGAUCAUCCACACUCAGGAAAAACCGCACAAGUGUAACCAGUGCGGGAAAGCGUUCAACCGCAGCUCCACGCUCAACACGCACACGCGCAUCCACGCGGGAUACAAACCGUUCGUGUGCGAGUUCUGCGGGAAAGGAUUCCAUCAGAAAGGAAACUACAAGAACCACAAGCUGACGCACAGCGGGGAGAAGCAGUUCAAGUGUUCUAUCUGCAGCAAGGCGUUCCACCAGGUGUACAACCUCACCUUCCACAUGCACACGCACAACGACAAGAAGCCCUUCACCUGCCCCACCUGCGGAAAGGGCUUCUGCAGGAACUUUGACCUGAAGAAACACGUCAGGAAGCUGCACGACCCCGCCGGCCCGCAGUCGCCCCCCCAGGCCUGAGAGACGCCUUCAUCCCAACACACCAAAAAAUACACUGGGACCCUGAGACCUCCCCCCAUCAGGUCGGGAACUAAACUUUAGUCCUCAUGAGACAGAUUGACUAAGUUCUGCAGGUGUCUCCAGGAUUUUUCAGAAAUGAGUAACUCACGACUUCUUAUUGAUUCUUUAUGUGUUUUUUCAAAGCAGCCGUUGAUCCGCUGCAGUGAGAGUUAAUCUGUGACCGCUUCAUUCGGCCUCUCUCCUCUCUCCUGUGCAGCCGCGACUUUCCACAACCACAAAGUGUCCUCAAACGGACAAAUAAUUAACUCAGAAAGACUCGUGUCUGGAUCAGUUUUACACUUUUGUUCCCUCUAAUUAGUCAUUUGUGCUCUUGAUCACCUGAAUCACUGAAUGAUCCUUCGUUUGACCCCUGACCCCUGCUCUUCUGCAGCCAGAAAUUCUUUUUUUAACCUCAAAGCUGAAUUUUUAUGGUUGAUUCUCUGAAUAAUUUGAGCCUAAAAGCACAAAAUGUGCUGAAAUUACAAAUCAUAUCCUCAAAAAUACCAGCUGAGCUUCAUUUGCUGGUUUUUAGUCAUUUUCACUCAGAUUAGUGUUUUGUAGCCUUAAAUUACUUCGUUAGUUUCCUCUAAUUCACUAAAUGGUUUUUCACUGCUGCAUAAAAUCUGUAAUUACACACAAAGAAUUUCACAAGGUUUUUUUUCAAAUAUCAAAAAUAUCAAUUUUUGCUUAAUCAGUUUUAUUGAAUCAGUAACUGCUUCUCUAAAAUCACUAAAUCAGAGUUUUAAAUUUAAAUUUAACCAAAAUCUUAAAGCUUUUAUUUUAAGAUUUUAGGAGGUGGAUGACAUCUGCAGAUAUGAUUUCAAUUUAGAUUAAAUGUCUUUAAAUUUUAGCUAAAAAAAAAAAAAAAAAAAAAAAGGACCAAAUUUAAAAUGCAUUCAACACAAACAGCUGACUGAGGAUACAAAUAGUUAAACAGCAGGAACAGUUUUAAAAGAGCACUGAGUGAUUUCAGUUUGGACUUCCAUAAACCUGGGCGCUCUGCAAAAGACCAAUGGGUCAAACUCAACUCUAAAAACAUCUACAUCUCCCAUAAUGCACUUGGUUAUGGGGGCUAAGCAAAAAACUGAUUUUCUUGUGUAUAAUUAGUCUCAGACUGAGGUGACACAUUUUUCCAUCAGACCUGACAGUAUUUCAUCACAUGAAAUAAAUUCUGAUUCCUAUUUUCUAAAGUUUUUGGAUUAAAUUAGUGUAUGUUUUAUGUGAGAAGCUGCCUGAUGAUUCGUACAAAUAACAAACACUUGAUUUGUACGAACAUCCCUGACGCUCGGUCCUAAACGUGACCCAGAGGAAACAAACUCCGUCCUCGACCCCAGACUCGACCCCUCCUCUUGAACUUGACCCUGCCAAACAAAAAAAGGCAUCAGGAGGCUUCCUGACCCCUCCAGGCCUGUGACAGCCCCUCAGACCUAAUCCAACCUCACCCUGACCCCUGACCUCUGACCCCAGCCUGGACGCUCCAUGUUUCUGUCUCUCUCGGCUCGUGUUGGACUGAGGACACUCGGACAGAGGAUGAACUGAACUCUGACCUUCCUCUGAUUCUUAGCCAGUUAUUACUCUAAUGGUGGCUAAUUAUCUUUAGUCAUCAGUGAUAGUUUUGAUUAUUUUUCAGUUGCAUCUCAGGAUGUGAGAUUGAUGAACUCUGAGACCAGAGAUGUAGCCGAGGUGAAGCGACACUCGACGACUUGGGUCAGGAUUUAUUCCCCAACGUUUUAAAGAAUAAACCUGCUGAUUCCAGAUUUUUCUAACUCGAACCAACGAUGAAAACUAACAAGUAUUGUGUGUGUGUGUGUGUGUGUGUGUGUGUGUAUCAGAGACUGAUAUAUCUUAUUCCUCUGUGCCAAUUCCAUCUGUUCUGCCACCAGAGCCAUAAAUGUGGAUUCAUCCACCACUGAAAAUAGUCCCAAACAAAUUGCACUAUUUCCUCCUGUUUGUUUGAUAAAAAAACUCCCAUGAGCAGCUGUUUUAGGAAAUUACUGAGCCUUUAUUUGUUGGUUUUGGUCUUUUUAUUAUAAGGUCAGAAUUUACCAGCUUUUUUUUCCUCGAGCUUUCAGUCGGAUCUCACAGUUUUCACAUGAUACCGUCAUUUCCAGGGGUUUACAUCCAGACUGUGAAGGCCAAGUAACAGUACAUUUACGAACAACUUUACUUGAGUAUUUCCAUU